AUGACGUCGAUGCAAGUAAUGACGGAUAGCUUCCGCAAUGUGUUUAAGUCGGAGCGCCUCGUCUACACGGCCCUCGACGAAACGGACCGCUCAGCAGACGCGGAGGAGCCGGAACCCAUCGGCUUCGUCGUCCUAGGCAAGUCGUUUCCCGAGUGCGCCGAGUAUAGUCUUGGCUUUCUGCAGGAGCACCUGAAUAAGGGCUACGGACGCGAGGCCAUCCGCUGGGCGGCCAACUAUGCGUUUACGUGGUGCAACCUGCACCGGGCGGGCGAUGCCAAGCAGUGGCUGCCGCGGUCGUAUUACUUCAAGGACGUCAUGAAUGCGUGGCGGGGAGAUAUCCGAUCGAGCAUUGAGUGGAAGUAG